AUGUCGCUCCGCUAUCUGCCACUGUUGUGCUCUUUGGCUUCUGCAGCCCAUCUCUAUGCCACUCACUACUCGGGCUCAGUUUACACACUAUCCCUAGAUGGACACUCGCUGUCCAUCGCCUCCUCCGUGGACGGCUGCGGCCCCAUGCCCAGCUGGCUCACUCUCGACCCGGAAUCGAAUCUUGUGUACUGCUCCGAUGAAUCCGGUGAUGCCUCCAGCAAUGGCUCCUUGCAUAGUCUCGCUAUUGGCGAAGACGGGUCCCUGUCCGAAGUCGCCAAGACGGGGGCGGCGCCGGGAGGAGGCGUCUAUAGCGUCGUUUACAGCGGUGACAACGGUGCCAAGUACCUGGCCAUUGCGCAUUAUGGUGGCUCGGCGCUCUCCACCUUCUCCCUUCCCCUAAAGGAGGACGAGGACACCCUCCAGGUCUUCCAUUACAAAUUGGAUAAGCCUGGGGCCAAACCCCAACAGGAUGCGUCCCACCCGCACCAGGUCAUCCUGGACCCAACCGGAUCCUUCAUCCUCUCGCCAGACCUGGGCGCCGAUAAGAUCCGCGUCUAUGCCAUUGACAAGUCCUCCGGCGCCCUCACGGACUGCCCCGCCGUCGAAUUUCCCGCCGGCAGUGGACCGCGCCACGGGCUCUUCUGGGACGCGGAGAACGCUCAGCUGCGAUUCCAACGCAGAGCGGACUCGCAGACGAUGCUCUACACCGUCAAUGAGCUAGACGGCCAUUUCACCGCAUUCGCCGUCUCGUACCCACCCGACGGCUGCCUCUCCAUCAAGAAGACCCAGUCCUUCGUGCCGUACCCGGGCUCCGAGUUACCCGAGGGAGCCACCUUGUCGGGCAUCCAGAUGGAGGGAUCCUCGCUGUAUGUCUCCAUCCGUUCGGACCAUGCCCACCCUCCCAACGACUCUAUGGUCACUCUAGAUCGCUCUUUGAACGGUACCGUAAAGUAUCGCGACUUUUGCUCUUCCUAUGGCACAGUUCCUCGCACAUUCGUGAUCAACAAGGCGGGCGAUCUGGUUGCAAUCGGGAACCAGGCUUCGUCAACUGUCGCCAUUGUGGCAAGGGACCCCAAAUCCGGGAAAUUAGGAGACGAGGUGGCUAAUAUCCAAGUGGGAGAACCCGGUAAGGUCGGUACUGCGGAGGGUUUGAGCAGUAUUAUCUGGGGAGAGGAGUAA